AUGAAUCUUCGUUACUUUUCCCGCGCAGACCGUAAACCUGUUGUACCAGCAGCACGGCCCAACCGAUUGGCCUUCAAAGAUCCAACUUGCUACCGGGCGGAUUCUAGUAAAGAGCAGCAAUUCAAAUCACGAGAUCCCGCCUUCCACACUAGUGGCGUAUGA